AUGCCCAAUCAACGCCAUACUACCGAGUGUGUGGAUGUGAAAGUGCUCCAAGAGCACAUUCAUUUCCGCAACGGGCGUGUUGCUUUGAAUCGUCUGAUGAAGGCCCCAAUGUCGGAAAAGAUUUACAACUGGGAAGAUCCGGAUGAGACGAAACGUGGAGUGCCCAAUGCGGGGCUCGUUAACUUGUACGAGAAGUGGGGAUUUGGCGGUUUCGGAAUCAUCUUCACUGGAAACGUCGUCAUCGAUCCGAAGCAUCCGUACGAGGCGGGACAGGGAAUCGUCUCCAAGGAAAACGACACACCGGUCAUGAGAGAUUGGUUUGCUAAGAUGGCGAGAGCUGCGAAAGCAAACCACGCGUUGGUCAUUGUUCAAAUCAACCACGUGAGUUCUGGUAAAAAUUUUGCACACACCAAAAAGUUUCAUAUUUCAGCCAGGAGCGUGGGCUUUCACUUCGUAUACCGACAAUCGUGGCAGAAAGCACGUAAUCAGCGAUGGAGCUGACGACAUUCUGAACGCGCCAAGAAGCGUUGUUCAAAAAGAGCUGAUCGAUCGUGUCGUUUACGCCGCCAAACUGCUUUCAAAUUGUGGAUUCGACGGUAUUCAGAUAAACUCUGCCUUCGGAAAUCUGUUCUGCCAAUUCUUCUCGAACAACAACAAAAGAACGGAUGAGUAUGGAGGCUCUCUGGAGAGUCGCGCUCGUCUCCACAUCGACUUAUACAACGCCAUCCGCAGGGAAGUACCUGCUGCGAGUGGAUUCCUCGUCGGACUGAAACUCAACUCUGCCGAUUUCCAAAACAAUUUCUCCAACGAUGAUCUUCGUCGUCUAUGCGAGAUCUUCGACGAAACUGGAUACGACUUUGUCGAACUUACAGGAGGAUCGAUGGAGCAGGUGGUACAGGAAGCUCAGCAAAGAGCUAGUACCGUCGCACGUGAGAACUAUUUCCUAGAGUUUGUCGAGAAUGUGAACAAGGCUUUCCGUAAGACCAAAGUUUACAUCACCGGAAACUGGCAAACUGCCGCCAGAAUGGUCAACGCAGUCAACCUGGGAAUCACUCACGGAAUAGGAUUGGGAAGAGCCAGUGCUGCUGAGCCAAGUGAGUACAACAAUUAUUCAUAAACAAUAUAAUUUAAUGAUUUCAGAUUUCCCUCGUAAGCUUCUCAGUGGAGUUGCCCAUGCCACACUCAAUAACAAAUUUGCUCCGGCUGAUUUCCCGACUGCUAAGCACGCAGCUCAUUUCCAAAUCAAGACCCUGGCAGGAUCGUCGAUCAAUAAUGUCGUCAGGUAAUACAGAAGCUACAUUUGCGAAAGAAACCCACACUUUCAGCCCAACUGACGGACUGCCUGACUUCACAGAUGAUAAAGAAGCAGCCAACUUUGCCAAAAAGGCUGCAGACUACAUCAAGUUUGUGAGUGCAGAUGGAAAACCAGACACGUUCGCCGAAGUUAUCCAGUACACUCCAAUCCACUCUUAG